UCUCUUUCUGUUUUUUGUCUCUUGCUGAUCAGAUUCUCCUCAGACUUCGCGAGUGGGCGCACCACAGACCAAUUGGCGCAGGCCCUCAAACAAUCCGAUACGAUCCGAUUCAAUCCCCAGCGAUCCCAAGCAAACCGUUUUGUUCAGAACCGUUAGUCAGUUGGCCGCGUUGCACGGAACAGUCGUUAUACAGCUGACCUCGUCGUUUGGCGGUUUUUAUUACGAUAUUUGUUAUUUGUUCGGGUUAGGUCAUCAGUUUUGGGGGAAUUCGCCUCACAAGCACAAAGAAGUUAUAUUUACGUAGAAAGAAGCUGAGUGGGCCAGACAAUGGAGUGGACGUGGUUUAAGGACUGGUGGCGUCUCAAAAAGCUCCGAUCGCGUCAUCAGCGGCAUAAAAAGAAAGAAGCAGCGGCGGCAGCCGCAGGAGCUGCAGUAACCGCUGCAGCGGUUUUGCCGGGCUCGGAUUGCAAGGUGGAAGGCGCUGGUUUCAAGGAUCCGCUGACUAAUCGGCGUCACAGCUUGGACGCGGUGCCAUCGGAUGGAACUAUAGCCAGACGUCGACGGGGUCGUGGUCGCGAUCGUUUGCGUCGUAAUCGCUUGCUACAACGCCAGCGACGGAGUCAAAGUGCCGGAGUUCGCAGUCAACCGGGCACGGAGAACGCGCUCAUUAGAAGCCAGGACGACGACGAUGGGGAGUACGGACCCUUCAACGUCAGUGAUUACGAGGAUUACGGGCCGAAUCAUGGGAGCGACGAGGAUAGCGAUGACUUUUGCUUCUGCGAUGUCUGUAUGAAUGGCGACACGGACUUUGGGGACAGCAAUGACGGCAUGGACUCCGACACGAGCACCUCGUCCAGCAACAGCAAGCAGGUGGUCGUUGGCAUCUGUGCGAUGGCCAAGAAGACACAGUCGAAGCCGAUGAAGGAGAUCCUCACACGACUCGGUGAAUUCGAGUUCAUCAAACUGGUGACGUUCGAGGAGAACGUGAUCCUGCGGGAACCGGUCCAAAAUUGGCCCACUUGCGACUGCCUCGUCUCCUUCCACUCGAAGGGCUUUCCACUGGAGAAGGCCAUCGAGUAUGCUCAACUUAGGAAUCCCUUUGUCCUAAAUAACCUGCACAUGCAGUAUGAUAUUCAGGAUAGGAGAAGGGUAUACGCCAUUCUGGAGAAGGAGGGCAUCGAGAUACCGCGCUAUGCCGUCCUCGAUCGCGACUCCCCGGAUCCCAAACAUCAUGAGCUUAUCGAAUCGGAGGACCAUGUUGAGGUCAAUGGUAUCACCUUUAACAAACCGUUCGUGGAGAAACCCGUCUCGGCAGAGGAUCACAAUAUAUACAUCUACUACCCAACAUCGGCGGGCGGCGGAAGUCAACGACUAUUCCGGAAGAUCGGUAGCCGGAGCAGCGUAUAUUCCCCGGAGUCGAGGGUGCGAAAGACAGGAUCGUUUAUCUACGAGGACUUUAUGCCCACCGAUGUGUACUUUUCAGGCACGGACGUCAAGGUGUACACCGUUGGGCCGGACUACGCCCAUGCCGAGGCCCGCAAAAGUCCCGCCCUGGAUGGCAAAGUAGAGCGCGACAGCGAGGGCAAGGAGAUACGCUACCCGGUGAUCCUCAAUCAUUCCGAGAAGCUCAUCUCGAGGAAGGUGUGUCUGGCCUUCAAGCAAACCGUCUGCGGAUUCGAUCUGCUGCGUGCCAACGGGAAGAGCUACGUCUGCGAUGUGAAUGGGUUCAGUUUUGUGAAAAACUCGAACAAGUACUAUGAUGACUGCGCCAAGAUACUGGGCAACAUGAUCCUUCGGGAGCUAACGCCCACACUGCACAUCCCCUGGUCGGUGCCGUUCCAGCUGGACGAUCCACCCAUUGUGCCCACCACUUUCGGCAAGAUGAUGGAGCUGCGCUGCGUGGUGGCCGUAAUCCGACAUGGCGAUCGUACGCCCAAGCAAAAGAUGAAGGUGGAGGUGCGCCAUCCCAAAUUCUUUGAGAUCUUCGAGAAGUACGAUGGCUACAAGCUGGGCCACGUCAAGCUGAAGCGGCCAAAGCAACUGCAGGAGAUACUGGACAUUGCCCGCUUCCUGCUCAGCGAGAUCCACACGAAGGCCCAUGCCGAGAUCGAGGAGAAGGAGAGCAAGCUGGAGCAGCUGAAGAACGUCCUGGAGAUGUACGGCCACUUCUCGGGCAUAAAUCGUAAGGUUCAGAUGAAGUACCAGCCAAAGGGUCGUCCACGCGGCUCCAGCUCCGAUGACACCAAUCUAGCAGCGGAUCAGCCUGUGGAGCCAUCGCUGGUCCUCAUCCUCAAGUGGGGCGGCGAACUGACGCCAGCCGGUCGCAUCCAGGCGGAGGAACUGGGCCGCAUCUUUCGGUGCAUGUAUCCAGGCGGACAGGGCAGAUCGGAUUACUCGGGCACCCAGGGCUUGGGUCUGCUAAGAUUACACUCUACGUUCCGGCACGACCUGAAGAUCUACGCCUCGGAUGAGGGACGUGUCCAGAUGACGGCGGCCGCCUUUGCCAAGGGUUUGCUGGCCCUGGAAGGCGAACUCACACCCAUUCUCGUACAGAUGGUGAAGAGUGCGAAUACGAAUGGACUGCUGGACAAUGAUUGCGACUCCAGCAAAUAUCAAAACCUGGCUAAGGGACGCCUUCACGAGCUAAUGCAGAAUGAUCGCGAGUUCUCCAAGGAGGAUCGCGAGCUGAUCAAUCCGUGCAACAGCAAAUCGAUCACCCAGGCUCUGGACUUUGUGAAGAAUCCGGUGGACUGCUGCCACCAUGUCCACCAGCUUAUCCGCGAACUUCUGCACAUCAUCAGCAUCAAGAAGGACGACCCGAAAACCAAGGAUGCGAUCUUGUAUCACGGUGAGACAUGGGACCUGAUGCGUUGUCGCUGGGAGAAGAUCGAAAAGGAUUUCAGCACCAAGUCAAAGCUGUUUGACAUCUCCAAAAUACCGGAUAUCUACGAUUGCAUCAAGUACGAUCUGCAGCAUAAUCAACAUACGUUGCAGUAUGAUCAGGCGGAGGAGUUGUAUAUCUACGCGAAGAACUUGGCCGAUAUAGUCAUACCCCAGGAGUACGGAUUGACGCCGCAGGAGAAACUGGCCAUUGGCCAGGGUAUCUGCUCACCGCUACUGAGGAAGAUCAAAGGGGAUCUGCAGCGGAAUAUCGACGAGGUGGAGGAUGAGUUCAUGAACCGUUUGAAUCCGCACUACAGCCAUGGCGUGGCCAGUCCUCAGAGGCAUGUCCGUACAAGGCUCUAUUUCACCAGCGAAUCCCAUGUCCAUUCGCUACUCACAGUCCUGCGCUACGGGGGACUACUCAAUGUGGUCACGGAUGAGCAGUGGCGUCGGGCCAUGGACUACAUUUCGAUGGUAUCAGAGCUCAACUACAUGUCCCAGAUCGUCAUCAUGCUGUACGAGGACCCCACCAAGGAUCCCACAUCCGAGGAACGCUUUCACGUCGAGCUGCACUUCAGUCCGGGCGUAAAUUGUUGUGUGCAGAAGAAUCUGCCGCCGGGUCCGGGUUUUAGGCCUCAUUCGCACGGCGACAAUGCCUGCAAUGUGAGUAUGCAGUCCUCGGACGAGUCAAAUCCCGCCAGGAUCGAGGAGGAGAACGACUCGAAUUCAGGAGAGGAGCGAGAGGGCAAGAAGCGAGCGUCCACCGGCCAAAGGAGCUCGGAUCGCAGCGCGGAACGCACCUCGCCCGCCUUUGGAUUCAACAGGCUGGAGCUGCGAUCGAAGCAGUUCAAAUCGAAGCCCAUACCCAUUGGAGCCCAUCACACGGUCAGCGGCCACGAGGCAAUGGAUCUGGCCAAGCGGCUGAACGAGGAGCUGGCCUCUCAGCAGCAGCAGCAGCAGCAGAACCAGCAGCUCCGCCCCAUCAGUCCGGAUAUCCGGGCAGUGAGUCCCGACUGCGAGCCACGUUCCCGGAGCUUCGAGCAGCGGCCCUCCUCCGGCGUCUGUGCCAAGGAGCCGGUAGUUGGGUCUAAUUCUAAAGAGGUUUCUCAGGCAGUUACGCCUCAAUUUGAGGAUAUUACCGAGGCUCGUACUGCUGAAUUUGCCGAAAUAACCCAUGCUCGAGUAGGCGUGACCAAUAGGUCGGAUGGUGGAAAUCGCACGGCUUUUCAGAUUCGGGUUACGGACAGUUUGUCCUUCUUCAAAAUUGACUCAUCGACGAACGAACUGCCGUUGUCGGAGAUUGAUUUCUCGCUCCACCCGGCAACGCCGCAAUGCGGUCCGUUGUCACACAAACGCCUCCAUGUACUGACCAUGCGGCGCAUGGAGAGCUGUGACGAGGGCGACGAUCUCGAGCAGCUUAGGCACCUGCCGCAGAUCUCGCCGAUGGCCACCAACGAGCGGCCAUUGAGCUCUUGCAAUUGCAGCAGCUCAGCGGUUCAGGCGCACUCGCACUCCAAAAGUCUGAUGGACUUGGGACAGGCGAUUGCACCGAUUGCUCCACCAGAAACUGGGCAGGAUUUGGAGACGGGCGGUGAGGCGUCAACUGGGGCGGAGGUUAGUGCCAGCAGUUUCGAUGAUGACUUCCAGUUGUCCAGCUCUGCACCGGCCAUCCUGAUGAGCUCGCACUUUAGCCAAAGGCCUUUGGUGGCCAAUCUUUCGCCCAUGGCGCAUGCCACCACCUCGCCCACAGCCUCAACUUUACGUCUCUGCCAGGAUAUGGACAAGGCUUCGGCUUCAGCUUCGGCUUCGGCUUCGGCCACAUCAUCUGCUCAACGCAAGGCCACCAGUAGCUCCUGUGACCAGCUGUCCAUGCCAGCCUCGGCUCCUGCUGUGACGGAAAAUCCGUUUCGCUUCGCCGCUUCAUCAGUGGGUGCGGCAGCGGCAGCGGCAUCGAGUGCCUGUUUUGUGAGUUGCUUCGAGCCAAUCGAAGAGCAGGUCACUCCCACCAUGGAGGUGGAUGCACAGCCACCGCAACCAGAGCCUCAAGUGGUGUAUAAUUUGCCCACGUUGCUGAUCACGGGCGUAGCCAGUAACACCGAAAUGACGAGCAAAAAGGAAGCCAGUAGAAUGACAAAGACACCAACAAUUUCAACAAUUUUUGCACCAGUAGAUGGGGAAAUAUCUCAGGAUAUAGCUCUAUCAAUAGAUAUAGGAAAACAGACAGCAGAAUGUACAACAAUAGUUACACCAACUCAUAUUACAAUAGAUACAACAACGAUUGCACAGGUAGUUACACCAACAGUUACACCAACAGAUACAACAACUGAUAUAGAAAAAGCAAUACCAACUGUUACAACCACCGAUAUUUCAAAAGGUAUACGAAAUGUUACACCAAUUACGUCACGAACAGCCAUCCAAACAUCUCCACCAACAUUUACAACAUCCAACUCCAACUCCAACACCACCACCACCACUACAACAACAGCAGCAGCAGCAGCUUUGUUUGAUAAUACAAGAACAAUAUCUUCUAAUCAACCAUUUACUAACCAAUUCCAAUCGAUCGAUCCCACCUCAAACGACGCACCACACCAACAUCAUGAACAUCAACAUCAACAUCACCAUAAAAACUCAACAACAACGAUCACCAAUCAACAACAACAACUACAACUACAAAUAUCAUGCACCAUGAAUAACACACUGAACGAAAACACCACCACCACCACCGCCACAAAUACAAACACCACUACCACGACCCCGUCUUGUUGUACCACUACCAUCGCCACAGAUAGCCAAGUUUCGGUGUCGGUUUCGGCCUCGGUGUCAUCGGCCAACUCGUCCACGUCGUCGCGUCGCCAAAGACACAGUAUUGCCGGCCAGAUGUCCUAUAUGAAAAUGUUGGGUUUCGGUGGUUUUAGCAAAAAGAUGGCCACCAGUGCGAAUAGCCUUUUCAGCACCGCCGUCAUCAGCGGCAGUUCGUCCGCCCCAAAUCUUCGCGACAUGAUACCGGUCUCGUCAUCCGGAUUUGGCGAUGUGCCACCAAUCCGGCCACUUGAGACGCUGCACAAUGCCCUGUCGCUGCGUAAACUGGACAGCUUCUUGCAGGACAUGAUCCUGGCGCAGAUCUUCAAGACGCCGACAGGAUCGCCGCCGCGUGGCUUUGCCAAGAGCACCUUGCCAGCGGUCUCCUCGAUGACGCUGAACGCCACCGGCAACGAGGCGCCAGUGGUCGGUCAGCCGGCGAUGCCCAAGCCCGCAACGCCGACCUUUGACCGCCGUGGCAGCGAGUACGGAUCCACGAUCGAUGCCCAUCCGCAGGAGAGCCAGUGCCCCAUUAUGGACGACAGCAACUCCGCGCUGCUGCAAUCGCUGGCGGAAAAGAUGCAGCUUUGGCCGCAGGAUAGUCUUCCGGCAGCCGAGGAGGAGGAAGUAUCCCUACCAGAUUUGGAAAUGAAGCCCAGUUUGGAUCUAACCAUGGAGAUUAUGGAACAGGGGACAACGGCAGCGCCCACCUCAUUUGAGCCAAUGAACCGGGACAGCCUGGAAUCCGGAGAAGGAGCGGUUGGCGGUGGAAUCUUUCUGAGCGUUUGCGAGGAACAGGGCAGUGGCAGCACCUGCCUCACACCAGUGAGCUUCGGCGUUGAUCUCGACCUGAGCAUGGUGGCCAAUAAGGGCUCCAUGACGCUGUCUAUGGAUGGAUUUGAGGACGAUGAGGAUGCCACUUUGUCGGCGGCCACCACACCUUCUUUGCCGGCCGACUGUGAGCCACGACUGGAGACCUGCUACUGCUGCCCCAGUCAUGCGGAGGGUCCUCCGGAAGUGGCCAGCGAUGAUCCGCGCUUCGGCUUUGCCCUGCCCGUUCGUGUCACCCAGCCAUCGCCGGAACAUGGUCGUCCCCUGCGCCGUGCUCAUGAUCCCGUCUCGCCAAGGAUUCAGAAACAGAUCAGCUUGUUCGAGGGCACUGCCGCCCAGGCUCAAGCAGUGGGUCAGGAUAAAUGCGAGUCCAGUGGCUCGGUUGGUGCGGGCGGUGCAAUAUUGCAUGCCUCCAUUAACUUGCCGGCGGCAGGUCCGCAACAUCUGCGCCAGGAUGCUCGGCUGCGAAAAUUCGAGAACCUCACGCAGUCCACGUCGAACUCGAACUUUCCCUUCGAGAGCAACACUCUGAAGCGGGUGCCCAUGGUGGCCACCGAUGACUAUGCCAACGUGAGCCACACCCAGAGCUGCAUUAAUCUCAAAAGCGACAGCAGCGGAGUCCUCGGGGGAUCGCCGCAGCAUCAGAAAGGAGGAUCCGGUGGAGCAGGUGGAGUUGCUGGAGCAGGUGGAGUAGGUGGUGUCCCGGCGGAGCGGGAGCCACCGCGAGCCCACUACGGACGGAUGAUCAACGCCUGCUGCUCGGCCUCGGCCUCGCCGUCGCCCUCGCCGGGAGCGCUCAUUGUCAAGGAGCGGUUCAUCGAACCGCCAAAGCGGGGCGUCGUCCGCGGAUACCAUGGCAAAACGCAGUCCAUGGACGCCGACUUCCUGUUCAACGAGUUUCUGCUGCUGCCGGCCAUGGCACCCGCCAAACUAUCGUUCGAUAGCACAGAUAUCGAUCGGGCCAGCGAUGACGAGGCACCUAGCACAUCGCAACAGAGGCACUCUUAACUUUCAAUCCAACUACAAAUCUAAAAAGCACUCGCAUUCUUAAGCCAAGCCAAUCUAACUCUAACUCUAACUCGUACAAGAUAUCGUUAUUGCGGGCCUUAUCGGAAAAAUCGUUAUCGCUAAAGCGAGAGCUAUCGCAAAUAUCGACUUGCUGUCGGACUUUUUAAUCUUAAUCAAACUGUUUGUUGUUGUUAGGCCAAGAAAAUACAAAUAAAAGGCUUAUCUCUUAUUUUUGUCCAAAA